GGAUUUUGCUGGAAUCUCAGCGCUGCACCUAAAAUGGCGCCGGCGCGCUAGCCCGCCCCACCCCCCCCCCGCAGGCACCAUAGAGGUGGGGCGGGCCAGAGCGGAUAGAGCGGCCUCUCCAUGUGCCUUCUCUAGGCCGCCGUAGUCCGGUGUCGCUGGUGCGCGGUGGGGGAGGGGGCGCGGGCCGGGCGAGGCGCUGUCACAUCAUGGCGGGCGAGGGCGACUCUGAGCCGAGGAAGGCCUUCUUGUUGCAGUUUCUGACUCCUGCUUGUGGUGCCAAUGUGGAUUUGCAAGGAUGUUUGUCAGUCCUUUAAACUCCUGGGAUUUCUCGAUGUUCAAAGUGUCCCAUGUGCACGAGAAUCAGUUCUCUAUGGCUCCCUGGGAUCUUUAGUUGUGGGUCUUGGACAUUUUUUAGCAACUAGUAGAGUUAGAAGAUCGUGUGACUUUGCAGUUGGUGGCUUUAUUUGCACAAUGUUAGGAUACUGGUUUUACUGCAGGUACAAUUUGGCCCAACAGAGGAUCCGGCAAAGAAUGCUGAAAGAAGGAAUGAGAAACAAGAUUUUAUUUGAAGGCAGUUCUCUUGAUCCAGAAAGAAAACAAACUGGCAAUGAAAGGAGCGAUUCAUAGUCUGCUAUAGAGGAGUCUGUGCGCUAAUACAGCUUUGGGAGAAGGUGCUCCAGGAAUGGCAGUCUUGCCUGUAAAUGCGUGAGGUGCCUAAGACUGGUAAAUCAUGGUGGUUUUCCUAGCAAAUCCAAGCAAGAAGCCCAUAGUGAAUCUGUUAAGUCAGGAUACAAGCCUUUCUUUGUUUCAUAUAUGUAUGUAUGUAUGUAUAUGACUCUGUCCACAGACAGGAAUGACCUCCUGUUAAACAUUUGGGAGCUGGUGUGUUCUGUUACAGGGUCUCAGAGGAUUAAUGAUGUGUUUUGGGACUGCUUUACUUUCCAUUAUAAACAGAAUCGUAGAGUUGUUUUGUUUUGUUUUGUUUUUUUUUUUAGCGAAGUUGUAAUUACAUCUCAUUUAAAUACAGGAAAAUAUUUUAAUCAGCUGUUCUCUGAGUUAGUGUAUCCUUCAGUGCUACUGUUAGUUGUGCUGUUUGUGAAACAGGAAGCUGUAGACAGCAGGUGAAGGCUUUGCUUGUGCAAGGUAGGUGAUAUCAGUAGCCUUUGUGUAAGGGAAUAGCUGCAGGAUAACUUCAGAUCAUUUAUAUACGCUGUGAAGAUGAAGGAUUUCCAUUUUCAUUCUGUCUGUGUAAAACUAAGAAUAAAAUCACACUUCAGAAGCAGUCUAAGCUAUGUAAGUAAUCUUUUUACUUGAGUAAAAACCUUUUAUUUAAGACAUUUCCUUACAAUCGGUGGAAUAUUAAUUUACAUUAUUUGUAAGUAGCAACAGUCAGUAAUUUUAUUAAAAGGCAUGUUCUACUUGUUUACUUCACUGUACAUUUUCAGUUAAAAGAAGGAUUGCUAUAUAAUUUGAAGGAAACCAUCUUAUUUGGAAACAUAGUGUUAGAUCUAAUUGCAUAAUGGUAAAAGGAUGAGUGAUGGCAUAAUACUCCUUGCUUGUUUCCAUCUACACCGAUGACACAAAGUGUUUACUUUCUUUUACAAAAGGCUUUCUAGUGUGUGAUGCUGUAAGCACGUUUGGUCUAAAGGCAUUCACUGAGCAAAUUCCUCUCCCCCCACCCUGUACUUAUCUGAGAGAGUUUGCGAUGUUGUUAACUCAGGUAGGUGUGGGGAGGUUUGGGAAUCCAGAGGUAAACAGCAGCAUUGCUCUACUUAUUUAAUUUGGAAAUAUACAUUGAAGUACUAAACAAACAUGCUGUUUACACUAAGAUGAUGAAACGUUUACCCUCUGUGGAUUAGGGUCUUCCAAGAAGAGAACAAACCUGUGUACUCUGUUGCCUUUUUUCCUCUGUUCCUUGUGUUUCUUCUGGAGGAAACAAUAAAGAUAAAUUUUAUGGAGGA